CGACAUUUGGUCGUUAACUUAGACGGUCAAACGUGCUGACUAACAGUCAACCCGUAACAGUCAACCCGACACAUCACUGCCCGGUCAUCAUAGAAAUCAUUAAAAUAUUCACAAUUUUCACAAAUUACACAUUUACAAAUUUUGUCUAAAAUAAAAAAUGGAAAAUAUUUCUUUUUAAUCCUCUCACCCCCAAGCACUAGCGAUUCGCCUCCCCGCUGGAUCCACCAUCGCCAAAAAUACCCCCGUCGGCUUCGUCAGUGCUCCUCGACAUCGCCUCCAUCGUCGCCUACACAAUGCUAGUCCGGUACGUAGCCUACAGUCUCAUCCCUCACGAGGUGCUUCUUCCAGUUAUCUUCUUCGCCUUCCGCUUCCUCUCCACUCGCUUCUCCAAAACCCUAACCCUCGUCGUCGAACAAAACGCCAGGCUUGUUCGCGACGAGCUCUACGAAUCAGACGAGAUCUACCCCCGAACCAAAAUCAGCCCCGUCGUCCGUCGCCUCAAGAUUGGAAAAAUCCACAAGCAGAAAAAGGUCCGCGAACAGUCGAGCUCGAAAGAUUGGUCGGUGAUUCCUCUUUGGAUCUUGUCUCGUGUCCGUCAACGGAGUUUACGGGGCAGAGGGAGAUCGCAAGCAUGGUCGGCGAGGCGAAAAUCGCCGCCAGCGGUAGAUCCGCCUCUGUUGCAGACCAGGAGAGAAGAAGAUAGGGAUUUCAAGAUUGGGAUGGUUAUGUUUUAAUUUUUGUUUUAAUUAAGAGCAGAGUUUGAUGGAUGUGGAGAGGAUGUUUGAUUUGGGGUUGGGUAGCAGAUGAGAGAGCUCAGAGCUCUCUUUCGAAGAGGUUGGGGGAGUCGCUGGCAGUGGCGGGGAUUUGUAUUUAAUUUUGUUUCAAUUUAAUUGUAACUAGUUUUUUAUCCGGCCAUUUGGCCGGAGAAGUUCAUUUUAUUAUUUAUAUAAGUUAACUUAUUUACAUAUUUGAACUUUUUGAAUCUUGCAUAUAUUUUCCGCUCUCGCUUCAUAAGUGAAUAUGUGGUAUGCCUAUAUCGAAAAUUCUUAAUAUUUAAUAGUUAGUACACUCGCUUGUGAUGUUUUUAUUCUCUGAUCACAAAUCAUGUCGUAAAGGUUUAUCACGACCCAUUUAAGAUCGUAUAUAAAAAACUUUCCACCAAGACCCUCAAAUUUAUUAUCUUAUACAACAUAUAUCAAUUCAUAAUUCUCGAGUUUGUACGAACUCUAAGCCAAUUAAUCAGAGUUCAAAUUAUUGGAAAAACAUAUUUGAUUACUGGAUAAAUUAUGUUUAUUCCA